UUGAAUACCAAGAAAGAGCCUGUUCAGGAGUCAUGUCAGGUUGAGAACAAUAAUGUUACGGCUGAAUCACCCAAUGUCCUUCUGCAAAGUAAAGAAGAUACUACUUGGUUGGUUAAUAGUACUGAGACAGAAAUAAUCAACGAAGUUAAUCGCACAACACAAACAAGGAAGAAUAAAAAUAGACCAAGAGGAAAAGAAAAAAAUGAAAGGGAUAAGGAAAAACAUCCUAUGAGAGCCGUGUAUGAAGUCAAACACAAAAAAACAAAAGAAGCGUGGAAAAACAGGGUAAUAAAUUCAACCCCUGAAAUUCAAGAAUUGAAAGAUAAGGUUGUUGAAAAAGAAAAUGUAGAACGAAGAAAACUGGCAAACAAAGUUAAACGACAAAUAAAACAGAAGAUAGAACCUAAAGGAAAAGCUACGUACAACAGUGGAUUAGAACGGAAAUCUGUGGAUGACACUUUUCCUGAAAAACGAGCAUUAUACCGAAUGGCAAAAGAAGGGAUAGAGAGAAAUGAUGAGAAAGGAACAGGAAUCCGCGAGCGAUAA